AUGAAUUUUAAUGUAACUCAAAAAAUUAUAAGAAAUCAUGCUGAAACAUUUAUUCCAAUCACAUACCAAGAAAAUGCAGGUAUGAUUAGUCUUAUUCAUGCUAUUGUAUGGCUUAUAUUAAAUGAAUUGUCUAAAGCUGAAGAUGAAUUUAAUCGAUCUUUACACGCGUGUACAUAUAGAGAAUUUCAUGUUCGAAAUGAAGUAGAUAUUCGUGCAGAUAUCAUUGGAGGAUAUGGAUUUAAUACUCAUUUUCUUACUGAUGAUCAUGGAUUUAUUCAAUCAGUUAUGAUGGAUUAUGCUGGUUUUCGAUAUGAUGAUAAAAGUCUUCUAUUUAAUCCUUUAUCGUGUAUUUUAACACCAUCAACAAAAUAUAUUCGAUUACAAAAUCUUCUUAUUCGAAAUAAUAUCCAUUUGAUUAUACAAUUGAUCAAUCAUCAAUGUAUUUUAUUUCUUCUUAUAUUUAUACAAAUCUUUUUAUGUAUUACUGAUAAUUAUGGUACUCAAAGGAUAAUUACAAAUAAUGAAUUAAAAUUAAAUAUUCAUGAUAUUCAACUUCUAAUUCGAAUUGAUUUAUGUAAUUGA